CAUUGGCAUCGUUUAGAAAAAGCCUGAGCAGGGAAUGAGCUGCAGUAGCAGCAGCCUGAGCGCACUUCUUUCUUCAGCUCCCUCCGGACCGUCACUGCCGGCAAAAAAAAACCAACCCACCACACAAAAACCCCAUCAGUGGAUAUAUGAGACAGGGGAGUCUGUGCUUGAGUGUGGCGCGAAAGGAUACGCAGAGUUAUCUGGGGCAAAUACAUAACCGUAUAGAAAUAGUCUUGUCUUGACCACAGAGGACCGGCAAGUGAAGGGACCUCUGCGCUGUGAGGAGUCGCUCCUGUGCCGAGCAGCAGUGCGCAGAGAGCAGCCACUUACACUCCGCAGACGCACUCAAAGGGCAGGAAGGCGAGAGGAAGGUGGAGGAUAUUUUACGCACAGCAGCAGCAGCAGCAGCAGCAGCAACACUCAGCCCCACUGUUUGACACUCAUCUAAUAGUCAGUCCCCCCCCCUGCUCCAUCCAGGAUUCAACACAGCCUCAUCGUCUCUUGGUCGGAUUUGCACUUUCCUUGGUCCACAUUGCGCCGUCAGCUGGGAUGGAUUCAUUCAUCAUAGCGGCUCUGGCACUGUGCUCUCUGACGGCACCAGCCUGUGGGGACAAAGGCACCAGCAAAGCCAGGAGUUGUUCGGAUAUCAGACAGUUUUACAACGGGAAAGGCUUCCCUCUUGACGGCGUCCCUCAGUUUGAAAUCUCAGGGGAGCACCUACGCAUGUGUCCCCAGGGUUACACCUGCUGCACUAGUGACAUGGAGGAGAACCUGGCCGUGCUGAGUCGCAGGGAGAUGGAGGGAAUUCUCAAAGAUGCUGGACGGUCCUUGCAGAACACACUCAAUGGACAAUUCAAGGUCUUUGAUGGUUACUUCUUGGAGCUGCAGAACCGCUCUGCAGUCAGACUACAGGAGAAGUUACCUGCAAUCUGGGGUUUAGUGUAUUCCCAGACGUCCGAGGUCUUCUCUGACCUGUACAUGGAUUUGAAGCUCUACUAUAAAGGCUCCAAUGUCAACCUGGAAGAGGUGCUCAACGAAUUCUGGGCCAAGCUGCUGGAGAAGCUCUUUUACCUGUCAAACAAACAAUAUGUCAUAGGUGAGGACUACCUGGAGUGCGUAUCUAAGCAGAUGGACACGCUACGGCCCUUUGGAGACAUUCCCCAUGUGGUGAAGACGCUGGUCAUGCGCACGUUUGUGGCAGCGCGCUACUUUGUUCAGGGACUGGUGGUCAGUGGGGACGUGGUACGCAAGGUGUCCCAGGUGCAGCUGAGCCCUGAGUGCACGCGGGCCAUGAUGAAGAUGACUUACUGUCCUCACUGCCGCGGCAUGGCCUCCGCCAGACCUUGCGCUAACUACUGCAGUAACGUCAUAAAGGGCUGUCUGGCCAACCAGGCUGACCUCAACACUGAGUGGAGGCAUUUGGCAGAAACUUUGAUUCAGGUGGCCGAUCGCUUUUAUGGUCCAUCGGGUGUGGAUGGAGUGCUCCUCUCCCUUCCCUUGCGCAUAUCAGAAGCCAUGCAGACUAUGGGGGACAACAUAAUGAGCAUCAACAGCAAGUUGUACCAGGCAUGUGGCACCCUCAGAGAGGAAGGAACCCACAGCACAGGAGGUGGUGAAAGCCUGAAGAGAGAGAGAGUUACAGUGGACGACAAGCUGGACACCUUCUCGAGCAAAAUAGAAAAGCUGGUGUCUGAUGUAACCAUGAAGCUGAGGGAGAUGCAGUCGUACUGGGUUUCGUUUCCAAGUCUGCUCUGCAGUGACAGAGUGGCCACUGGAACCGGGGCUGAGGACAAGUGCUGGAACGGCAUAAGUCGUGCCAGGUACCUUCCUGAGGUGAUGGGCGAUGGCUUGGCCAGUCAGAUCAACAACCCUGAGGUGGAAAUUGACAUCACCAAGCCAGACAUGACAAUACGUCAACAGAUAAUGCAGCUGAAGAUCAUGACGCACCGCCUGAAGAAUGCCUACAACGGCCAGGAUGUGGACUUCCAGGACACAAGUGACGAUACCAGUGGUUCAGGAAGCGCCACGUGCGAGGAAGAGAUGUGUUCCCGGAGCCCCAAAAUCGUCAACCCCGCCACCGAACGACCUGUAUACUACCCCAUCCUUCCAGUCAACAAGGAGGUGAAAGCGUUGGCCAACCAGAACCUGCCCUGCAUCGCCAUCUACCUGCUACCGCUGCUCAUUUUGCUGCUCCGGCGAUAAUCGCGGGGGAUUUUACCAACUGGGACUGAGUUUGUGACACAGGGUUGUGGAGGCCGAACGGGGAGGGAGGAGAAGCUGGGGAUAGUCACUUUGCCAAAACUAAGUAAAUUUAAGGAAACCACAAAAACAAAAUCACUUGGACGGACCUUGUUUUGGUUCUGGAUUAGAACAAAAUGGAAUUGCGAGUAUUCAUUAAUGUGUUGAUUCUGCUCUUCUCUUUUAUUUCUUGCUAUAUUAUGACACAACUAGAGCUGGUCUUUUUUGCAUCUUGUAAUGUUUUGUUUCUGGUGUUUGGGUUCUCUGAGAUUAUAUCUGUACCUAAGACAUAUGUAAAACUAUAUUCCUAACAGUAUGUUGGUGUUGACACCAUGGGGGGAAGAGAGAGAGAGAGAGAGAGAGAGAGAGAGAGAAAAAGAGAGAGAAUGGGGCUUUGCAGUGGCACUAGGAUACAUAUAUUUGUUAUUCCACUCCUGAGAACAGCACUUGUGUUCAGUAAAAUUAUUUAUUUAUCAAUGACUCACAAUGGAUCCGUCAGUGAUUUAAUCACUCCCCAGUAUUUAUGGCAAAAAAAAGAAGAAAAAAAAAGGACACGUACCACAAACUUCAGUGAAAUAAAACAUUGAUUGACUUUCAUGGCAGUAUAAUCUAGACAUAAAGCCUCAGAAUACUUCCACGGUGAGGAAGAGUGCACUCUGUGUCAGCACUUUUUGCCAUCUGAGCUGUAAUAAUAGCUGUGAUCACAUUCACACUGACAUGAUCGUAGGAGUAACACGACCUACCAUUCACCACUCCAUCCAUCCACUCGUCCCUACAUUUUACCCUGCCACCCCCACCGAACCCCAACCCCCCCCCCAAAACCCUGCUGGCAGUGUAGGAUCAAGUCGAGAGUGGGGUGUAAGCAAAGCACAUGCUAGGCCGGGGCACAUCUCAGAUGACAGCGGCUUCCCACUAUAGAGCACCGUAUGAGGAAUGGGGGUGUCGGUUUGAAUUCCCCCCCCCCACCACCACAGCAAAGGCUCGACAGUUUUGUAGCAGAACAGAGAUUUACACAGGAGCAGAAACACUGCUACGCUUUUUAUUUUUACAGUAUUCCUACAAUAUGCACAGCAGAGUGAAAAUAUAAUAAGCAUCAUUUUGUGUGCUCCCUGCGAUAAUCCUCCUAAUUGCAUCCAGCGGUCAUAAGUUUUUGUCUGUUUGUAGCAGUGAUAGAUAUCACAAUAAAAGCCACACCGUGCAUAUCUUUGAACCAUACUACUAUUGCUAUAGCAACCACAGCCGUGUACAUAUUUUGAUUUUUUUAGUUUGUUUUUUUUAGAGGAAAUAGCCGAUAAGAUAUCAAAAUGUUAUAACAAACACAUCCUUUAAUGCUAUGACUCUUAUUUCUUUCGUUGUCUGGUCUGCCUUAUAUUUUUCUGCAACUUUUUUCACAUCAUUGCCUCUUUGUAUCCCACGCUCCGACUCCUUCUUUACGCUUCUCACCCCUCGACAGUUAUUAUGACCUUUAGAGCUUUGCUCAUGCUAUUACAUGAUGGCAAAGGCAAUAUGACAAUGACACAGUGCUUCAUUAUGUGUCAACCUUAGUGGGAAUGUGGUGGAGAUAUAGUGCGAGGCUUUCCCGGAUGAGGCGCUUGCUGGGAAAGCACAUUUUAAUUUGAAGUCAGAGCUAUUAUUAUUUAGGAAUAGGGUGUGCAGAAUCGUGGGACUACGCUUGCAUGUGUGUAAAUGUUCAUGUGUUUGUGUGCACUUGUCUUUUAAUAACAGAGCAAAAACAGUGGAGAUGGACAAUAUAGCCUGUUUGAAUCUUGUUUGGGUGGCACAGAAAUGUAUUAAAAUGUAUUGGACUCUUAUUGUGUGCUAUACAGCUGACGGCAAUGGGAGAUUAAUACGUCUCAUUUUUCAAAAAAUGAGUAUUUUCACCAUACUACUGUAAUAACUCCCAAACUGUAUUAAUCCUAUCUGUACUUGUCAGUAUUGUAUAUGACAGAGAAAUGGAUGUGCUUUUUAAAGUACACCAUUGCUUCAGUUUUACACUGGGCCAAUCUUCUAUAAUUCAUUUUGUUAACAAAAAUCCAUGUGAACUUGACAGCUGAUAAUACUGCAAAUCCAGUAAAGUAGGUUUGGGGCUGUGUUAACUUGUAAGAGACCCAUCUGUUAUAUACAUGGUCAAUGAAUGAGAGAGACUUUUGUUAACUGACAAAUGAUAUCGAUGGUACUUAGUUUUCUUUUUUCUUUUUUUAAAUGCUUUAGUAAUGAAUGCUCUGUUGCGCUGUGUGUGUGUGUCUAUGUGCGUGUGCGUGUCGCUCUGUUAGUCCCUGGUUUAAGAAGUCUGCCUGUGACUGCCUUUGACACUUUUGUAUAAGGUUGGGGUCAAUUUGUAAGAUUUAAAAACAGCCAGAUAUGAUGACAUAAGGUGUUAAACUGAGGAGAAAUACAAAAGCAAAGAUCCAUUAGCAAGAGCAUGGCAUGGGUCCUGGUUUUUUGACACUUUCCUGAAUAAUCAGAAGAUGAAUGUGAAAGUAAGAUUUAAAGAAAAAAAAAAAAAGCCUUGUAAAAGAAUGAGAAAUGACUCCAACUGUGAUGGUGACAUUCCACUUCGAUGACAACUUGCGACUUGAGACUCAGGCUUCGGUUUCAAUGACUCCCUCACAGUGUCAUCAGCUGAAAUUUGCACAACAACAAGCCCCCCCACCCCACCCACCCCCUCUCAAUUCCAUCACCUUUUGAUCUCAUUAAUUUGUUGCUCAAAGUCCUUCUCCCUUUUAUAAAACCAGCACUUUUAUGAGGCCAAUAAAUGGCACUGUCAGCACAAAGACAUCACAAUCUGGUCAAUCAAUGCAUGAGUCAACACCUUCCAGGAACGACUAUUGAUUGGGAAUGUGUGUAUGCAGAGAGAUGUGGCCCAGUAAGAUGCCUCCUCUUCAACUGUGGUGGAACAGUGGUGGGUCCAGAGCACUGAUCUUAUAUCAGCCGCUCAAUCCUGCCCUCAUUUACCACUGUAAGUGGCAAAAUCAAAGCUGGUAAUCCGACCGUUGAAAACCGCUUUAAUCUACACUGAGUUGAGCGUGGGAGGCAUUUCUAAGGUGCCAAUGUUUAGGGGGGAAAUUAAUUUGAAUUGUCUUGUUUUUAUUUACAUAGUUUUUGUUGUUACCAGAAACAUAUGGAGAGUUUGGAGAGUUUGGUGCCAGAAGAGAUGCCAGAAAGAGGUUGAAAAAUACAAAUGUCUCAUUUGCUGUUGUACCUGAAAUCUUGUGUCAAUUAUAUACAUUGUAAGAUUUUCAAA